AUGAGAUCACAAAGCGAAGAUCCUUUUCCCCCACCACCUCCCACUGUUCCUCGAAAUGUUAAACCAGUAAUUAUUGAACAAGAGCAUGUAAAGAAGAAGCUUCUAUCUAAAGUUCCGAUGGCUAGACGUGGCCUAGGAACAACGGGAAAUAAACUGUCUUUGUUAACAAAUCACUUUAAAGUGAAUGCCGCUAACACCGAUGGGUUUUUCUUUCAGUACAAUGUUGCUAUAUUUUAUGAAGAUGGAUGCCCGGUUGAAGCGAGCGGUGCUGGUAGGAAGAUACUUGAUAAAGUUAAAAAAACUUAUGAUUCUGAGCUUAGAGGAAAAGACUUUGCUUACGACGGGGAGAAGACUCUAUUUACAAUGGGCUCUCUAGCUCAGAACAAGCUUGAGUUUACUGUUGUUCUUGAAGAUGUAACGUCUAGCAGAAACAAUGGAAAUUGUAGCCCUGAAGGGAUCAGAAGUUCUAAUGACAUUGAUAGUAAGAGGAUCCGAAGACCCUUCCGAUCAAAGUCAUAUAAAGUUGAAAUCAACUAUGCAUCAAAAAUUCCUCUGCAGGCCAUUGACAGAGCCUUUAAGGGUCAAGAAACCGAGAAUUAUCAAGAAGCCCUAAGGGUUCUUGAUACUAUCUUGAGACAACAUGCUGCCAAACAAGGAUGUUUGCUUGUGCGCCAAAGUUUCUUCCAUAACGAUCCCAGGAGUUUCAAGAAUGUAGGUGGUGGAGUACUUGGAUGCAGAGGGUUGCAUUCGAGCUUUAGAACCACACAAAGUGGACUGUGUUUGAAUAUAGAUGUGUCAACAACAAUGAUUGUUCAACCGGGGCCUGUAGUUGACUUCUUGAUUGCAAAUCAAAAUGUGAAAGAUCCUUUCAACCUUGAUUGGAUUAAGGCCAAAAGGACUCUUAAAAACUUGAGAAUCACGACUAUGCCGUCCAACCAAGAGUUCAAAAUCACUGGGCUGAGUGAAAGGCCAUGCAAAGACCAGCUGUUUACGUUGAAGAAGAGAGGUGCUGCUCCUGGAGAAGAUGAUUCAGAGGAGAUCACAAUUUAUGAAUAUUUCGUUAACCGGCGAAAAAUUCCUCUUAAGUAUUCUGCUCGUCUUCCAUGUAUUAAUGUCGGGAAGCCAAAACGACCUACGUAUUUCCCAAUUGAGCUUUGUUCAUUGGUAUCCCUACAACGAUACACCAAAGCCCUCUCUGCACAUCAAAGAGCCUCCCUUGUGGAACAGUCGAGGCAGAAUCCUCUAGAACGGAUGAAGGUCUUGUCAGAUGCGUUGCAAACAAGCAACUACGGCUCUGAGCCCAUGCUACGUACCUGUGGCAUUACAAUAAAACCGCAUCUUACACAAGUUGAUGGGAGGGUUUUGCAGGCUCCAAGGUUGACGUUCGGCAAUGGGGAAUAUUUCAAUCCCAAAGAUGGUAGAUGGAACUUCAAUAAUAAGAAAAUUGCGCAACCGGUUACAAUAGCAAACUGGGCUGUGGUGGACUUUUCUAAUUACCGUGAUGUGCGAGGACUUGUGAGGGAUUUGAUAAAAUGUGGAAGAAUGAAAGGAAUUCAUAUCGAACCACCUUGUCAUGAAUUUGAAGAAAAUCGCCAAUUUAGCCGCGCACCACCAAUGGUUAGAGUUGAGAAGAUGUUUCAGGAAAUGCAGUCAAAAAUGAAAGAUCCUCCUAAGUUUAUCCUUUGCCUGCUUCCUCAGAAGAACUGUGAUCUUUACGGUCCGUGGAAGAAAAAGAAUCUUGCGGAGGAAGGAAUCAUUACUCAGUGCAUAGUCCCUAGCAAGGUUAACGACCAAUAUCUAACCAAUGUUUUGCUGAAGAUCAAUGCUAAGCUUGAUGGGAUAAAUUCUUUUUUAGGCAUUGAACACGCUCGUUCUAUGCCUAUUGUUUCUAGAGAACCGACUCUCAUUUUGGGCAUGGAUGUUUCUCAUGGUUCACCUGGGCAAUCUGAAAUUCCUUCAAUUGCUGCGGUCGUGAGCUCGAGGCAAUGGCCACUGAUAUCUAAAUAUAGGGCAUGUGUUCGAACUCAAGGUUCAAAGGUUGAGAUGAUCGACAAUUUGUUCAAGCCAAUGCCUAAUAACGAAGAUGCAGGAAUUAUAAGGGAACUUUUGGUUGAUUUCUAUAAUAGUUCUGGGCAAAGAAAACCAGCCAAUAUCAUCAUUUUCAGGGAUGGUGUUAGUGAGUCUCAGUUCAACCAAGUUUUGAACGUCGAACUCGGCCAAAUCAUCGAGGCUUGUAAAUUUCUUGAUGAAGACUGGAACCCCAAGUUUUUGUUGAUUGUUGCCCAGAAGAGACAUCACACAAAAUUCUUCCAACCUGAAAAUCGAAACAAUGUGCCACCUGGAACUGUUGUGGACAACAAAAUUUGUCAUCCUAGGAAUUAUGAUUUCUAUAUGUGUUCUCAUGCAGGAAGAAUUGGUACAACCAGGCCAACACAUUAUCAUGUUCUUUUGGAUGAGAUUGGUUUUUCUCCAGAUGAAUUGCAAGAGUUUGUGCACUCUCUAUCUUAUGUCUAUCAGCGAAGCACCACCGCCGUCUCUGUCGUUGCUCCAAUAUGCUACGCACACUUGGCUGCUUCUCAAGUUGCACAGUUCAUGAAGUUUGAGGAUAUGUCUGAAACUUCUAGCAGAAGAGAAGGUGAUAGCAAUGCCUCCCUCGUCCCACAGUUACCAAAGUUAGAUCGGAGAGUAUGCAACUCUAUGUUUUUUGUUUGAGUUGAUGAAAUUAUGAUCCCAUCAAACUUAUUUAAUGUUAGUGGCUAACUUUCAAAACUUAUUUUAGAUGAAUGUU